AUGAGCGGCGGGAACGAUCAGACACCGGCGAUUGAGCACAAAAGCUACGCCAGGGUUGGGCUUCUGGGGAAUCCCAGCGACGUUUAUUACGGACGAACCAUCUCUUUCAGCCUCGGCAACUUCUGGGCUUCUGUUCGUUUACAGCCUUCCAAAGAUCUCGUCAUCGUCCCUCAUCCUACCCAUGAUCUGGUCCACUUCAACUCCCUUUCUCACAUGGUAAGUAGGUUGCAGUCUGAAGGGUACUAUGGAGGGGUCCGUUUACUAAUGGCUAUUUGUAAAGUGUUCCACAACUAUUGCAAGGAAACCAACAUCCCUCUCCAUGGAGAAAAUUUCACCCUCUCGUAUGAAACUAAUAUUCCUCGGCAGACAGGCCUUUCGGGUUCAAGUGCUAUAGUCUCUGCCGCCCUAAGCUGCCUUCUAGAUUUUUAUGAUGUGAGGCAUUUGGUUAAAGUUGAGGUUAGGCCAAACCUUGUUCUUAGUGCUGAAAAGGAGUUAGGCAUUGUGGCUGGUCUCCAGGACAGGGUAGCACAGGUUUAUGGGGGACUUGUGUACAUGGAUUUUAGCAAACAACAUAUGGAAGAACUGGGGCAUGGAAUAUACACACCAAUGGAUAUUGGUCUUCUACCACCGCUCUAUCUCAUCUAUGCAGAAAACCCUAGUGAUUCUGGAAAGGUGCACAGUACAGUUAGGCAGAGGUGGUUGAAUGGCGAUGAGUUCAUCAUAUCCUCAAUGGAGGAGGUUGCCAAUGUUGCUUUGGAAGGAAAGACAGUGUUGCUUGAGAAGGAUUAUCUGAAACUGGCAAAACUUAUGAAUCAUAACUUUGAUCUGCGGAGGCGCAUGUUUGGUGAUGAUGCACUUGGUGCUCUCAACAUUGAGAUGGUUGAAGUGGCACGCAGGGUUGGAGCGGCAUCGAAAUUCACGGGCAGUGGUGGUGCUGUGGUAGCUUUCUGUCCCGAUGGGCCUUCACAAGCCAAGCUUCUGGAAGAUGCAUGCCACAAAGCUGGUUUUAUUAUUGAACCAGUUACUGUUAUUCCUUCUCGACUGAAUGAGAUUGACCUCAAAACCCUUUCUUCGAAAUGA